CGACCAUUCGCAUCCAUCGUUUUCCGGGCCCACAGUCAGUGUGUAGCGCGUUGUGUUCGAGUUCGGGCUCGCGUUCGCGUCUCGCGGAACAGGAGAAAGGAAGAGAGAGAGAGAGAGAGAGAGAGAGAGAGAGAGAGAGGGACGCGUCGCUCGGGGGAGCGCCCUGACUCGCUUUUUUCUCCCUCGCGAUAGCGAGUAGUAAGUCGAGGAACGCGUUUUCGUGCCUCUUCUUUUUCGCGCCCGCGUACAUCGCGGAAAAGUCGCGAGGCGAGAUUUUCGACGGACGGACGGUCGAUCGAUCGAUCGAUCGAUCGCUCGCUCGAGAAGAAGGGCGAUCCCGCUCGUCUCUCCCGUGGGAGAGAAGACGAACGAAAGACCGGCGGUGGCGGCGGUCCACGCACACAAACGCACGCACGCACACGCGCGAUCACGUCCACCAACCACGAAGCGGCGCGUUGCUCCUGUGCGCAGCUUUUAGGGCCCAGCAGGCCACGCAGGUGAGGACAAGUCCGAACACCGAAUCGGAAAUCCAGUGCGUUGGGAUUAGUCAACGCGGCGUCAACGCGGCGUCAACGCGGGGCGGCUGCUACCCAGACAUCGGGAAUACCGAUCCUUCAUCGAAGGACCACUCGACCACGGAACAAGCGGAAGAUUAAACAAAAAUGACGGUGUUCGGCAUGCUCUCGGCGGUUGCCGGGUUGAUCAAGGUGCGAUUUCUGGUCGAAAAGGCCAUUAUCGACAACAUGGUCUUCAGAAUGCAUUACAGGCUCACGUCGACCAUUCUGUUCGCUUCCUGCCUCAUCGUCACUGCCAACAGCUUGAUAGGCGAUCCCAUCAAUUGCUUAACGGAUUUGCAACAACAUACUCAUGUGGUCAACACGUAUUGCUGGAUUACGUACACGUUUACAUUGCCGAAGAACAACGCGAAGGACGUGGGCACCCAAGUGGCUCAUCCAGGCCUGGGUGUCGACGACGGGGAGAAGAAGUAUCACGCGUAUUACCAGUGGGUGCCGUUCAUGCUGUUCUUCCAGGGCGUGCUUUUCUACAUUCCGCACUGGAUGUGGAAGCAAUGGGAGGAGGGUAAAAUGAGGAUAAUAUCCGAUGGUAUGAGAGGUGCCAUACUGGAGUCUAAGCCGGAGCGUCAGGCUAGGCUCGAAAAACUGGCCCAAUACGUCAUGGAAACCCUGCACCUGCACAAUAGCUACGCUGCCGGAUAUUUCUUCUGCGAGAUCCUCAACUUUGCCAAUGUCGUCGGCAAUAUAUUCUUCAUAGAUACUUUCCUGGGUGGCGCUUUUCUCACGUACGGCACAAAGGUGUUAACAUUUAGCAACAUGGAUCAAGACUUUCGUGCCGACCCGAUGAUCGAAGUGUUUCCUCGCGUGACCAAGUGUACCUUCCACAAAUUUGGUUCCUCGGGUUCAAUCCAGAACUACGAUGCGCUCUGUAUACUCGCGUCUAAUAUCAUCAACGAGAAAAUCUACAUCUUUCUCUGGUUCUGGUUCAUUUUCCUUGCGGUCUUUUCCGGUGUGGCGGUGCUGUACAGCAUGGCCAUAGUGUUGUUGCCCAGUACGCGCGAAAAGAUCAUCAAGAAGCGUUUCAAGUUUGGCACCUCAAGUACGGUUAGCACGCUCAUCCGCAAGACUCAGGUCGGCGACUUCAUGAUACUUCACCUGCUGGGUCAGAACCUGAAUCUCGUGAUGUUCAACGAACUGCUCGAGGAGAUAUGCCGUCGCAUUCAGUUCGGCAGCAGCAGCGACGCGUCGCCGACCUCGGUGCCGUCGGCGCCUAGCACUCUCGAGAUGGCACCGAUAUAUCCGGAGAUCGAGAAAUGCUACGCUAAGGAUACUGAGAUUUAGACGCGAGACCUCGGCGACUCGGCCAUCGCCGUUUUCCUCCACUGCCCCUUUCUCCCUUUUACUUGACCGUAUUGUGAUAAUAUCGAGGACGGUUCUCUGCUGUGCCGUCAUCUCGAUGCCAAUAAACAGGUUCGUGCCGCGUCGUCGAUUACUUUGCCGCACGCGUAACGUAAAAACGCACGCGUAUCGGACGUUUCUCAAUUACUGCCCAUUUUUGGGCUCGUGUUCAAUGUGGCCUUACUAUCACGGGACACUCGUAAAGCGUAAGCUCGAGUUCGGCGUUAAAAAGUCUUGAUACUCGUCUCUUGUGAACGAGAGUUUCGUUUAUUGCCAAGUCCUUGGCAUUUAUGCCCAACGAGACUUUCAUUCUGAGAUUUCCAAAUAGGACGACGAUCGCUGCUCAUUUCUAUGAAAUGCACGCUGAUCUUUAUAUUCUCCGUCUAAUCAUAUUUUUUUCAUUUAGCAAAAUCAUCACACAAAUCAUCCCCGAAUAGCGCUCUACUCGAAUGUUCAAUUAUAUUUGCUCAAAUAAGAAUAUCCUUUCACUUUGUUUUAAGAAUCAUUUUUUCUUGAUCGGACAUUCUAAGCAUUAAAAUAUUUUUAGAUUAAAGCAUAUUUGCAUUUCUCUAAGAAUUCAUUUUCUUUUUAUGUACAGAUAAUAAUUUUCAUUACAUCCUUAUUCACGUCCAAUAGCUAAUAGGAGAUUUCUAUGCGUCAUAAAAACAAAGUUGGCACGCGUAAAAUCGCGCGAGCCAACGACACUUCUCGUCGAUUUCUCUCCAACAAGAUUUCCGUUAGAUACCUUAUUUUUUCUUAUAAGCAUUUUCACUUGAGCAAAUCAAUCAUAGCGAGCUUCACGCUUUCGAUAUAUCGUCCAGAGACCUGUAUAGUCGUGAGCUAAAAGGUUGCAACACAUUUUCUUUGAUGGUAGAUGGUUCGAUGCUUAAUUGGUUGGAUCCACAGAUAAGAACCAAUGACGUUCGCCGUUUGAUGAGCAAGUCUACAUUUCAAAAACAAUCGAAGAAAAUGCGUUGCAACCUUUUAGCUCACGACUAUACGCUGGAAGAAUGAAACACGUUAAUUGCCUUACAUUGACUGCAGCGACACGAACCGACAUUAGAUUAUCAAAUAAAUGAAUGUAGACGAUAACGCGCGAUGCUUUCGGAUCAUAAGACACACGUGUAACUAUUUACAAUCGUUAAGUCGCAACAAGUUUCCAAAUGUGAUAGUCACAUUCCCACCCGUUGUAAGAUUGAAUCAUUUUAAUUAUUAAUCAUUUGUUUCACGUCAACGUAUCAAUGCCGAUUUAUUUUGCGAUAACUUGAGAAGAAUACCGGCUGCACGCGCGAAACGCGAAUCGAUAACAGUGUUUUUUUUUGGGCUCUCGCUCAUGUUUCUAUCGUAGAAGAAAAAGCAAACGUCAAAGCGAUAUCGUGCCUACUACUAUUGUAAUAAUACUUUUGAUACUUGCUUUUGCGACACGUAAGACAUGUUCCGCAGAUCGCUUACAUUAAUUAAAGGAGUGUGGCAAUAUUGUAUUCGAAGUUUGACGUAGAAGAAUUAGUUAUGACAAGAAGUGUAUACAAUCGCAUAGAAACUGCGAAAGAUAGAAUACGCCGCUCAACAACGAAUUUUCUAAUCGUUUAAACAAUUAUACGAAUAUAUUGUAUGUAUAUUAAGCAUAUCCGACAAUGAAUAUCCGAAGCGUGCGAAAAGCGCGAUUUAUUUGAAGCUCAAUGUCCGAGCGGAAAUGCACGCAAAAUUCGCAAAACAGAUCACGGAAUAUCAUCGCGCAAUUACUAACACUGAAGACGUUGAAUUAUCGUGAAUUACUUUACAUCGUGGAAUGUGUAAAGUAAUUAUACGUUCAGUCCGCAAUAGCCUAAUGCAGAUAAAAUAGCGUGCCAACGUUUCAACAAGCAAAAAGAAACAACAAACGUUCGUAUACCCCAUGACUCAUUUCUUUUUUUUUUUAAUCGUUUCUUUAGAAAUAUUUUCACUAGCGCUAAGACUUGAAUAAGAAUUUAAAGUAAGUAGUGUAAUUGAAAUUCAAUUGAAAAAGAAACAACUAUGUGCGCGAACGAUCACGUUGACCAUAAUGUGUAGUUAUUUCGCGAUUAGUUUCUUCUUUUUCUUCAGAUCCUAUAGAGGAUCCCCAUAUAUCCGAAUGUGGAUCAGUAACAAUAUUUUUGUAUGCGACUACAAUAUUAAUUCUUAAACGUGAAAAUUAAUUACGCCGAGAGAAUAAAAGAAAUAAAAAGAAAUGGAUUCUUAAGAUAUACAAUAGCAUAGAGCAGAAAAAAUAUUCAUAUAAGAUGUAUAAAUGGGAUUCUUCUAUACGAUUAUAUUUCGCCGUGCUAGAUCCGGCGAUGGAUAAAGAUCUUCGCUUUUAAUGAUAUAAUUAGGUACUUCGUUAACUCUAAUUGGGAUUACUUGAAUUUGUCCAUGAAGGAACGAUAUCGUUCUCGAAUAUUAUGCUGUCUCUUAAGUAGAAUUUACUUCGCGCGAUUAAUUAUCACGUACGCGAGAAUCCUCUUUCCCAUUAACAGAAACAAUAGAAAGUUUCCCUCAACGCUCGGAUACGUUCCCCACGUGUCCUCUCGUCCGUGAGGAUGUUAUAUAAGCGCUGCCAACAAUAACUAUGUAUAAUGACAAUAAUAUAACGCUAUGAUCCUUUCCCUUUACAGUAUCCGCAACCCGUUAGAUUAUCGAUAAUCGCGCUCCGAGUGAUAUCUUAAGAAACGUUUAAGAUGAACGCGAGGGAGAGAGCGAAAGAGAGAGAGAGAAAGAGAAAGAGAGUGAGAGAAAGAGAGAGAGAGAGUAGAUGUUGUCUGUAAAAUGUGCCUUCGAGAAAUAGCAGCGUAUUUUUUUAGGAGGAGCGUAACGCUUUUCCUGAACUCGCGUUCGAUGAGAGGAAGACUGUCGACAUAAUGCAACGUCGUUAUAGCGAUUAAUAUUAAAGAGAAUGUCAAAAAAAAAAAAAAAUAAAAGAAACUCUUUCCAAA